CAGGUCGGAUGUGGAUGUGGGGGAAUUGGAGGACCUUCCCCCAGGUCUCAUCUCUAUCCCUUUUCCAGGCAAAGUCCCCUCCUCUGCCCAGACCAGGGUCUCUUCCCCAAGCCUCAGGAGGUGGGUCUCAGCAGGAUCAGCCUUAUAUGUCCCAGAGGGAGCAGGACAGGGACAGGGAAGGGGUGUGGGCAGGGGCAGGGGGAGCCCUGGCCCCCAGUACCUCCUGCUCAUUCCCCCCUGAGCCUCCAGGGGCCUCAGGCAGCAAUAUCCCUGUCUACUGUGCCCUCCUGGCCUCUGUGGCCCUCAGUCUGCUUGCCUACGUGGCCUUCAAGUGCUGGUGCUCACGUAAACAAAGACAGCAGCUGGCCAAAGCUCGGACUGCAGAGCUGGGGGCCUUCAACAGGGACCAGAUGCUUGGGGAGAGCAGUGUCUUCUGGGACUCUCCUAGCAGCCUGGAGCCCUGUGUCCCCAGCCAGGGUGAGCCCCUUUCCCCAAACUGUAGUCCUUCACACCUACCUAGCUCUGUCCCACCACAAAGCCUGCCUAACCCUCAUGUGUCCCUCAUGUCUCCCAUCCCAGGGCUACAUCCUGAACUUGGCUGCCGGCUUUACCUCCAUCUCCCUUGGCAGCAGCAGGAGGAAGUGGAACAGCUCCUGGAGCUCCCUCGGCAGCAGCAGGAGGAAGUGGAACAGCUCCUGGAGGUGUCGGGUGAACCUGACAAAGGCUGGCGGGGCCUGGCGGGACACCUGGGCUACCAGGCUGAGGCAGUGGAGACCAUGGCUCAGAGCCAGGUGCCAGCCUACACCCUGCUGAGGUACUGGGCUGUCCAAGAAGGCAGUGGUGCCACCCUCAGGGUGCUAGCAGAUGCGCUGGCUGUCCUGGGCUGUGAAGAUGUGGUCUGGGCCCUGGGCCCACUGGCUGAGGACUGCUCCGUGGUGUGACGCUCCACAGCCUGGCCUCUCAGGGAACCUGCUCUGGUGCUCCCACCACCCCCAGCUCAUACACCUUCCCUUUCACGGGCUUCCUGGCAUUGGUGACCUCGGCCUGCUGUUCUGGGGGGACACGGAAGAUCCAGGCACCACUCACCUCCCCUCGCCCUACAUUCCUCCAGGACAGGGACCAGGAUACUGGGGGGAGGGGUUGAUAGUGAGGAGCAGUCCUGCUCUCCUGAUCCCCACUCCACCCCCUCUUACUUAGCCUCAACUGUUUUUUCUACUUUUGUAUCCCAUAUUAAAGGCAACUUU